AUGACGCCAAAGGGCGGCUGUCUGACGUCACGCUGCGUCAGCUACACCAAGGGCAGGUGGCUUUUGUCGUCGGGUACCGCGUCGACGAUUAUCAGCGCGAACGGCAACAUGAAUUACGAGCGGUACAAGCUCAUAGACAGCACCACCGUGAUACUCAAGACCACGGUACGCCUCACUCUCGCCCCUCCCGCCCUAUCCGCCCUCUCCGCCCUCCCCGACCUCUCCGCCCUCUCCACCCUCCCCGACCUCUCCGCCCUCUCCGCCCUCCCUGCCCUCUCCGCCCUCUCCGCCCUCUCCGCCCUCUCCGCCCUCUCCGCCCUCUCCGCCCUCCCCGACCUCUCCGCCCUCCCUGCCCUCUCCGCCCUCUCCGCCCUUCCCGCCCUUCCCGCCCGCUCCUCCCUAUCCGCCCUCCCCGCCCUACCCGCCCUCUCCGCCCUCCGCGACCCACUUCCACUUCCCUCUGAUUCCGCUGCCCGUCCCUCCCCUCGUUCCGCAUUCACUCUUCCUGCUACUUUGCACGUUGCUGUCAUGACGUCAUGCGCACGUCAUGCCCAGGCCACAAAUGAGAACGCGUGCUGCCAGACGUGCGCGCAGGCCGACAAGUGUGUCUUCUUCCACUACCAGCCGCCAACCAUUGCCGGCACAGCUGGGACCUGUAGACUCCUCCCCAACCUGAUGAAAUUCACUGUAGACAACACUAUAAAGAGCGGGUAUGAGGAUCCGAGGCUGGUGGUGGGGGGAAGGAGAGGAGGGAAGCGAAGACACAGACUGCACAUACGGUCCUGGAUCAGGGAGCUCUACAUGACGUGGCGAGAUCCCAUUGGCCGGCAGCACUCGGCGUUCCUGAAGGCGCGCGACGGCCAGGAGCAGCGGCGGGGGGAGAGGGGAUUCAUUGAGCGGAUGGAGAUGGACGGUCGACCUCUUACCCCACCUACUCUGGUCGGGCAGGCAGUGCAUGGGGAAGGGUCCUUUCACAUGGUGCUGGCAGCUUUGAGUCGACUCAAAACUAAGGGUCCUUGCACAUGGUGCUGGCAGUGGCGGGGCCAAUGGGGGAUGGCAGGGACAGAGUCACAUACCAUGUGCGCGUCCCCUCACCUCCCCCUCGCUCCCCUUCUUCCCCCUCUCCCUCCCUCCCUUCCUCAGGUGGGGCAGGCAGUGCAAGGGGAGGGGGACUUUCACAUGGUGCUGGCAGUGGCGGGGGCCAUGGGGGAUGGCAGGGAUGUGGGACAGGCAGUGCAUGGGGAGGGGGCCUUUCAUAUGGUGCUGGCAGAGGCGGGUGGCAUGGGGGAUGGGAGGGACAGGGACACAUACCGCGUGCGUGUGGGGGGAGUAGCAAGCAUGGAGCUGUCCUUGCAUGCCGCACACCCGCUGCUGCAGACGGCUGACGAGGCUUACACUCACUUCAACGUCUAUAUUAAGUACCUCAAUGUUAGUAUUCAAAAGGCUCGCUGGCAGACUUUUCGAGGGGAAAUUACCCGGGCUAAACGCGCAGAGGAGUAUGGGCUGCUGACUAGGCUGCUGAGAGCGCCGAUUCAAGCUGACGGGGAGACAGGGCGAGGCUUUCUGGAUGGUGACGUGGAGGAUUAUGCCACGUCAGCAAUCGAUGCUGCUGACUGUGCGUUUGCCACGGCAUGGAAUGAGGCUCGGAGGAAGGUUCGGGACGAGCUGGGGGAGGUUGGCGAGGAGCAGGGGGCUUCUGGAGAGGCUGAUGAGGAGGCUCGGGGGGAGGUUGAGGAGGCUGAGGAGGAAGUUCAGAAGGAGGUUUGGGACGAGGCUGGAGAGGAGGUUCGGCAAGAAAACAUGAAUAGUUUGCCAAUGGAGGGUAGAGAUCAGGGGUCUGAGGCAUUUAGAGACUUAGAAGCAGUGAGAAGGGUGGAGGGAGAUGGGGAGAAGAGGAAGCAGCAGCAGGAUAUCUUGACUGAAGAGAUGGAGGAAGAGCGAAAAGGAAGAGAGGAGAGACACUACAGGGAGGGCAUUAGGGAGAGAGGCAGUGGCGAGAUGUGGGGAAGGGUAUGGGAGAGCAGAGACUCGGCGGCUGACAAGGAGAGUGCUACGAGUUUUGCCCGUCACAGAGAACAGCUGGUUUAUGAAAUAUUUCAAUAA